AUGCUGGAGAAUAUCCAAAUUUAUUCCUACAACAACAAUCUACACAAAACAACAACAAAAUACACUCCAGGCAUAGAUAUAAAUCACAUAAAAAAUUUUAAUUAUGAACAAUUCAUCAAUGAUGAUGAAGACCCGGAUAAAAUUUAUGUAGUUGAGUGGCACGAUUCAGUAAAAGAACCACUGGGUGGUUGGACGUGCUAUAGUGCCCAAGUUAUUGCGGUCUCAGAUUCUCUAGUCAAGUUAAAUAAAAAACUUAAAGCUAUUGAUGGAAUUCAAUCUCCUAAACGUUGUGUUGCUCAUGAGGUAACUGAAGAAAGUGGACCCAGUAAAAAUGACAUUCCUGAAAAAAAUGAAAAAGCAACAGUUAAUGAGCCAGAAGUGGUAGUAUGUGAUACUGAAAUUGACAAGAGUCCGAAGGUUAAACGUAAAAAAUUAUUUGAUGACAGUAAGAGUUCAGAAGAGAUUGAAAUUCUAAAUGAUGGAAAAUCAAAGACUACUGAAUCAUUAUCUCCUCCCAGUGUUAAUGACGGUGAAUUUAAAGAUUCAGAUGUUGAAAUAAUUAAAGGCAAGGAUGUAAAACCAUCAGGUACAUCUGAAUUUGUAACUAAACAAGAACUAUCAGAAGCUAUUACAAUGGCAGUUAAUAAAAUUCUGUCAGCAAUGCCAUCAACAUCAUCAGCUACCUCAACACUGCGUGCUAAUCCGUCAAAAACUAAACAUACACAAAAAAAGAAAAAUGAUAUGGUUGAAUCAGGUGAACCAGGAAGAAACAUUUUUGUUACGGCUGAUCAGUGGAGAGCAGCGGAAUCGGCAACCACGUUUACAGCAAUGACUACAUCAUUGUUGGUUUCAGUGUUUUCAACUGAUGAGCUCAUUAAAUGUAACUACAAAGGUGGAGCACCUAAAAAUUCUAAAGAUAAGUCGAUUGUACACUCUGGAUUAGAAAAUACUGACAAGUUGAAGGCUAUUAAAGAAACCGUCAAUAACCGAUUCAAACGACAGUUCAAUAAUACAGAAUUCGGAAAAUGCAUUAAUGUCAAAUGCAAUAAAUUACGGUCCUUGCACAAUACAUCAAAGAGAGAACUAGAAACCAAGUCGACACAAGAAAAAAAAGAGGAAGAUGAAAAUAAAAAAGAAUAG